AAUAAUGUACACUGACAUAUAAUAAGCGGUUGGUAGAAUAAGAUCAAUAUUUACCAUGCAUGCAACAUAAUUAACUGCGCAUGGUGAGAAAUAAGGAACAGAAAAACUUAUAGUAAUGUGAAAUUUGUCAAUCAUUUUCAUUUUAUUUCAUAUUUAGUCACCGAUCAUGAAACUCCCGCUUUGAUAAUUGUUGGAUCAUGUGCAAUGAAAUCGUCAUGUGAAACAAAAUAGAAUAUCAAAUUGAAUAUAGUUAAAAAGACAACAUGUUUGUAUGUCAUUUGCUAUGAUUCGGAUUUAUAAGACAAUUUGAAAGUUUAGAUAGUGAGACAGUCAAACCAAUGGAUGCUUUACUUGUAUUGAGUGGUAUUUUACUUACUUUAAUAACAUUACUUGUGUUGUCAUGGUGGACAAAAUGGUUCAGUAAAAAAAGCUAUCCAUCUGGCCCAUUUGGGUUUCCUAAACUGGGGCACCUGCCUUUAUUAGGAGAAAAACCGGAGUUAAAGUAUUUGCAGUGGCGGGGAAAGUACGGAGAUAUUUUCCGUAUCCGCUUUGGUAGUUGGGAUACGAUAAUUGUAAAUGGAUAUGGAGCCAUUAAAGACGCAGCGGAACGGAAAGACGAUGCCUUUUCCGGGAGACCCGAAUUCGUUUCACAAAUUGCUAUCAAAGAAGCAUUUGAUGGUUUAGAAGCUGUAAGUUUUUGCAACUAUUCUCCGACGUAUCUUCAAGUCAGGAAACGGACAACAACGGCCGUACGAACAUAUAUCAAUAAGUGCGAUUAUCCUCCGAAUGAACUAUUUCGGGAAGAAGCUGAAAAAUUAACAGAAAAACUAUUGAGAUAUGCAUGUGAUGAGCCCGUAUCUUUAGAUUUAGAUAUUCAGUUGGCUGUAAUAGGUACGUUGUAUCAGAUGCUUUACGGCAGAGGAAAAGAAGAUGAAAUAAAACCACACUUGAACUUAAUCAUUGAAUCAUCGGACACGUUUACAAAAUUGGUCGAGUCUGGAAAUGUAGUUGAUGUUAUUCCUUGGUUACGACAUGUGAAAAAAAUGGAGGUAGACCAAUUCAAAAAAGCGAUAACAGCAACUUAUGGCAUCACAAAAUCGAAGAUUUCUGAACAUAGAACUUCAUACCAGAAUGGCCAAACACGAGAUAUUUUAGAUGCCUUAUGUGAGCAAUCAAAGGAUUUACCUGAUGAUGAUAAUAACAGUAACAUAUCAGCCACACUUUUACAGUUUCAAAUCACGGCAUUGCAAGGUGCCGGGUUCGGAACAACAAAUCGCUUGUUACUGUUCAUCAUCUUAUAUCUGACUAAAUAUCCAGACAUACAGGAGCGUGCCCAGAGAGAGAUUGGUCAAGAAUUAGGAAGCAACAGGAAUAUUUCUGAAAAAGAUCAGGCGAGCCUUCCGUACGUAAUGGCAACUAUCCUUGAAGUUAUGAGAAAAGCAUCAAUAACUCCAUUCGCUCUACCCCAUUUUACACUGCAUGACACAAAACUGCGAGAGUAUGACAUCGACAAAGGCACAGUUGUCUUUUUUAACUAUCAUUCAGUAGCAAACGAAGAGUCAUAUUGGGGUGAUCCGGAAAUCUUUAGACCCGAAAGACUUCUUGAUGAUUCUGGUAAGUUGGACAAGAAGAAAGCCUCGCAUAUCCUUCUA